AUGCCCUGCUUCAAGGGUAUUGCGGUUAGCAUCCAUGCCAACUCCGCUCCGUUACCCGAGUACGGCAUACAGAAGCAGUCGAGGCUGUCUCGCAUUAGCACGUACAUUCCCGUGCCGCAGCCGACCCUCAACCCAGGCAACAAGCCGGAGCCCGCCAAGUUUGCCAUCUCGAUCACGCUGUUGACGCCCGGCCUUCCCAUCCCGUACUCGGCCCCAAAGCCGUCCGAGGCCAACCCGUACCCGAAGCCACAAUUCGUUGGAGGUCUCCACCCUGGCUCCCAGAAUGAACGAGGCAAGCCUGGAGCUGUGGCUCCCUACGUGCCCUUGACAAACUCUGAAAACGAAACGAUUGCCGCCUAUAUUUAUUUCGAUGGGAGGGGCAAGGAGGAGGUGGCCACUUUACUGCGCCCUGGCGAGGAGACUUGGGUCAAUAGUCGAUGGGUCCAAGUCCCUGAUGCUGAAGGCGGCGGCUUGGCCGAGCGUGAAUUCCUCUUCCGCGAGGUUGGCCUCGAGCGCUGGCUUAACGGCUUAGAUCUCAAGGGCCACGAUGCUGCAGAAAAGCUUGAGAGGCGGCGUCAGAAGUUUGAAAGACGGAGGCGGCGACAGGCAGCGACCCUGGAAGGCAACUCCAGCAUGGAUUCAGAUGCGCGAAAGGGCACUCUGCGAUAUGGCGACGAAAGCUCGCCAAUCGAGCCCGUGUAUGACGACUCCGAUUCUUGGUCUGACGACGAUGAUGAACCUCCGGAGGCAACAGGCCAGAUCAAGGUAGCCAUGUUCCGCGUUCUAGCCUCAGGAGAAAUAAAAAAGGGAGAGUACUCUCCUCAGUUUGAUGCACACGAUGGAGAUGACGAAUAUGAGAAUGGCAACGGAAUCGACGCAGAUGUUGAGCACACUACGAGUUUCGCUAAACCCAAGACGCUCGAUCCCAAGACCAUCAGCACCCAAACAGUUACUGGAAUUGAUGGCCCAGACAAGCCUUAUGCUACUUUUACAUUCUUUUACCGUGGCGAAAGACAACUGCAAAAGAUUGGCGUCCUCCAGUCAGCCAAGAACUCACAGACAACAGCUCUCGCGGCCAAACGACGCUCAGGUCAGAUAGACUUUUCUAACCUAGGACCUCUCAAGGCCGGUGGCACAGUCGGAUUUUCUGCGUUCCGAGACCAGGAAGCCGAAGAGGCACGACGACGAAAGGCUAGGAAGAAGAGCAACGGCAAUGUUGCUGAUGACAGCGACGAUGACGAUGACGAAAAUGAACUCAUUGGCAAGAUGGAGGAAGUAGCCGACAAGGAAACUAGCUCCAAGCUAGCUCCAGAAGAUGCCAAAUUCCAAGGCGAAUUAGCAGAUGGCGUUAACCGUAUACACCUUAAGAGGGCACACUCGGCCGAACCAGACGCAAAUUCUACCCCAGAAACAUCGCAACGAACCGAUUCACCGGCCGAUCCAGGAUUGUCAGGCGGAUCAGCACCAAGUGCAAGCUCAAGCCUGCAGGCCAAUUUUGACUCUCUUGCUGCGGCAAUGGUUGGCAGCCCGCUCAAAAAGGCACGACCAAGCGUUGAUCAGACCAAUACUACUGGAGAUAGAUUCUCUACUACUCAAAGCUUGAGUUCAGCUCUGGGAACAGUUACUUCAAGUGGUGCUGAGUCUCCUACCAAAGAAUCGCCAGCUUUGGUGAAGCCCGAAAUAAAAAUAGAAGAAGAGGAAGAGCUAUAG